AACAAUUCACCUCUCUCCUCAUCAGUAUUCAGAUAAUCCUUUGAAAACAUGGGGAAACCAAACAAGGAAAGGAACCAACGUUCAACAGCGCCUCGUGGACGUGGCCGUGGACGAGGGGGAUUCUCUGUCGCUCGAGCUGGAGGGAGUGGGAGGCAAAAAGCUUUACGUUCCGGUCCUAGCGGAGGGGGCGCCAGGGAAGGCAUGGACGACGAAGAGAUAUUCCGACGAGUAAUGGCAGGUGAGAACCUUGACACAAGUUCCGAGGAGUCAGACUCCGGUUCGGGUUCGGGUUCUGGUUCUGGUUCCGAAAAGGACGAUGAAGAGGAUGAGGAAAGCUCAGAAGAGGAGCCUGCCACGAUCGAAGUCCCCGUAGCCAUGUGGGAUUUUGAUCAUUGUGAUCCGAAACGAUGUUCAGGAAAGAAAUUGGCUAGGCAUGGGUUAAUCAACGCCAUGCGAGUAGGCCAGAGAUUUAGGGGUAUCGUCUUGACACCAAAGGGAAAGAAAGUCAUCUCACCGGAAGAUGAUGAGAUUGUCCAAAUGAGCGGACUCGCCGUUGUCGAGUGCAGUUGGGCGCGAUUAGAUGAAGUGCCGUUCAACAAAAUCAAGUCUCCUUACGAGCGUUUACUGCCUUUCCUGAUUGCAAGCAACCCGGUCAAUUAUGGCAAACCAUGGCGGCUGAACUGCGUUGAAGCACUUGCUGCUGGAUUCUACAUCACCGGUCACGCCGACUGGGCUGAAGUUCUGCUAGCAAAGUUUUCAUGGGGACAUUCUUUCUAUAAACUGAACUCUCACCUUAUCGAACGAUACCGCACAUGCAAAGAUGCCGAUGAAAUCAAGGCUAUGCAGGAAAGUAUUCAGCGGGAGAUGGAAGAAGAAAGGGUCGAACGUCGCCGGCAAAGAGAUGCCGACGAAGGAGCAGAUUUGUUGAGAGAGAACCCGAACCACCAGGGAAGUGAAUGGCAAACGGAGCAAGACAAUGAUAGCGACGAAGAGCGAGAUGUUGUCGAGACACUUAUCGCAGGGUUGGAACAGGCCAAUCUCGAUGACGAAAAGGCUGAGACUGAAGGAAGAUAGGGAAAUGGGCGGAGGAAUGACGGCUUCACAAAGGGUUCAUAUGCGUACCUACUUUUGCUAUGU